AUGAGUAGAGAAUUAGAUACUAUAGAAAAAUUCAACGUUUGUAGAAACUGUAAUGAUGUUUACUCUAACUUCGCUGUUACUGGACAUUAUAACGUUCCAAUCACUAAAGAAUUACUUUCUCAGGGGUUAAAAACUUUGAUCGAAGAAUUCCCAGUUUUCCAAAAUGCUGUCAAAAGAUUCGGCGGGGAUGACAUUAAAGACGGUUAUGGUAACUACAGAAUGGUCAAGUUAGAGGAAAUCUUGUUCGAUACGGUUGCUACUAUUUCAAACAAGCCAUUUGAUGAGUCACAGUUAGAAGAAAUCAAUAAGAUUAAAUGUGAAUCCGAUGCUAAUAAACCAACUUGGAGAGUUAUUUUAUUCACCAACAACUAUUUGACUUUUCUUUGUGAUCAUUCGUUAUUUGAUGGAGAAAGUGGUAGGAACUUCCACAUAGAAAUGUGUAGAAUCUUCAACACUUUGUCUAAUGUCAAGUUUGUUAACAAAUUAUAUUCCUUCAAUGAUAGUGAAAUUGCCUUACCAAGCACAAAGAAAUAUAAUAUCUAUCAGUAUAGUUAUUGGGACGUUGUGAAGUUCCUUUUCUGGGAUAACUUGCCAAAUAGGUUGAAAGAGUUCUACAACCAAACAUUUAUUGAGUAUUAUCCUAAUAUCUACCAGUACCCCAGGUUUGUCUCCUUCCAUAAAAAGACUGAAAAAACCAAUUUCAAGACCAUCAAAAUAGAUGGCCAACAAAUGACUGAAUUAACCAAUAUCCUUAAAUUCAAUAAUGUCUCCAUGACAGCUUUCUUGAAUGUUUAUUUGAACUACUGUUUACAAAAUACCGUUUUAGCGAAACAUAGUUCUCAAUUAUUAUCUACUGUUUCGGCUAUUCCAAUGUCAGGUAGAAGAUAUUACCCUCAAUCUGAUGACUUGAAAUUCCGUUACAUGGUCACUGCAGCUAAUCUUUAUUCUGAACCCAUCACUAAAAUGGAAACUAACUGGUUCCCGAUUAUGAAGAGUAUCAACUCGCAACUUCAAAAAGAGAUCAAAUCCCAAGAAAGAUUCCGUGCUUUUGGAUUAUUAGAGUUGGUCAAUGUUUAUGACUUCAUGAAACCUAAGGAUCAAGCCAAGGUUGAACUGUUGUUUGAAAUCUCCAAUUUAGGAUUUUCCAAAAUUCAAUCUGAAAAAUGGCAAGUAGAUGACUUACUUUUCAGUCAAACUACUGGAGUAUCCAGUCCUUUCGUUUUCAGUGUUUCAUCUACUGUUAAUGGUGCAAACAUUGUCUUGGGAUAUCUUGAUGAAUAUAAAGAUUAUCCAAUCGACCAAUUCAUUGAAUUCUUCAAUGACCAUUUAGAUGUAUUCAUUAGUUCCAAUGCCCUUCCGCAUUGA